CUCCAUCGCCAGCCAAGCAACGAGCAAAAAUGGACGACAUUGUGGUGGUAGCCCCGGGAACACAAUCCUCACGGAAUGUCAGCAAUGAUCCAGAUGUCAUAAAACUGCAGGAAAUUCCAACUUUCCAGCCCCUUUUGAAAGGACUCCUCAGUGGGCAGACCUCUCCGACCAACACCAAACUGGAAAAGCUGGACCCCCAGCAGGUGCUGCAGCUGUGUCUCCGGUACCAAGAUCAUCUUCACCAGUGUGCAGAAGCGGUUGCCUUUGAUCAGAAUGCGCUCGUGAAGCGGAUCAAGGAGAUGGACCUCUCUGUGGAAACUCUUUAUAGCUUCAUGCAGGAACGCCAGAAGAAGUAUGCCAAGUAUGCGGAGCAGAUCCAGAAGGUCAAUGAAAUGUCUGCCAUCCUCCGCCGUAUACAGAUGGGCAUCGACCAGACGAUCCCACUGAUGGAGCGGCUGAACAGCAUGCUGCCAGAGAGCGAGAGGCUGGAGCCCUUCAGCAUGAAACCCGACCGGGAGCUAAAGUCUUAGCUGAUCCGGCAGGCUCCCCCUCCUCACCUUCCACGCUCCAGCGUUCAGCACAGACGCGCUUCCAACGGGCUGGGCUGGCAGAUGUUUGAAGCGGACGGCAGUGCUGCCUGACUCUCUGCCAGGGCAUCGGAGGAAGAGCAGCGUCAGCUGCCAGAACUACGCAGCCAGGAAUCCAGGAGCUCCCUGGUCCCGUCGUCUGGAGAAGAUGAUUUACCAUUCCUUCAGCUCCCUCCUCUUGCCCUCCUGUCUCCUUUACCACUACCACCGCCUGUGCCGAGACAUUUGUUUCAUUGCUGUGACUAGAUUGGGGUUUACAGAGGAGGAGUUUUCUUUCAUCUGAUUUUUAUUUUUUUUUUUACUAGAAAAAUUCAAAGGGAUAUAGGGUGUGACAAGCCCUCUAACAUAUUUUUUGUGCUACUGGGGUUUAGACGAUUAGAGGGCUGGCAGGUAUUUCUGAGAUCCCCUGGCCUUGGAAACAUGUGUGUUUUAUAGGUGAAAGUGCGGGAGCCAGGAACUGGCUUAUUAAAAUCUGCCUAUUAUCAUAAUUAACAUGGUUUGCAUGGCAGGGUUUUGGCAUGUCCUCCUCGAGGCUCCUGUUUUUAUGAGCUCACUAAUUUAUGAGGCUGUAAAGGAAUAACUGUUCCAGAUACGUAUGUCUGUUAAUGUUAAGCAAACCUUAGCGUUCCUCUCCCCCUUGCCCUGGCAAUGUCCCCACACCCCAGCUGGUGGCAUUUCGUGUCUCUCACCUUGCACAGUGAUUCUGACAGGCAUUGGCACUGACCUGCUCACUUUGGGAUGCAGAGUUGGACACGAGGUGUCUUUUUUAUUUUUAUUGGGACACUCCAGUUAUCUUGGUGCUGUCUUUUUCUACCAGAGGGAUGCAGUUGUUUCUUUACCUUCAAGUGUAUGGAGUUGGAGGGGGGAGAUACGAGAAGUCCUUUAGGUCUUCUCCUUGGCUUAGCCGCUGCCAUGCCAAGAGCUUGCCUGAGCGUGGUGUUUUAUGACUGAAACCAAAUGGCCCUUUGGGACCGCACUCAGUGAACUGCUCCAAAGGCGACAGGAUGUUCUUGCCUUCUCCCAAGCUGAGGGCCCUGCUGGAAGGCAGGCAGUAUGUCCACGCCGCCCGGGCGCUGGGCUGGCCCGUAGGAGAUGGGUUGGUUGCCAAGUCUGCCACUGGUCUGCUGGCUGUAGGCGAUUUGCCAGCACCUCUCUGAGCUUUGGUUUCUUUCCAUAUAAAAUGGGGGGAUAUUCUACACACUGCUGUAAAAAUAUUUACAAAUCUAGAAGUAAGGUUUAACAGCCUGCGUCACAAUUGCGUGGCAGCUCGUCUGCAGCAGAAAGGGCGUGAAACCAAAGCGAGGAGUUUGCUGGGUCAAGGGUAGGUUUGUGUGUGUUUAUGUUAGUCCCAGAAUGCUGUUGCUGGCGAGGAGGCUGAAGUGCACCCAUGAACCCCAAGGGUGGUUGUACAUCAGGAGUGCAAUUCCAGUGGUGAGGACAGCUGUCUUUGAGAGAGUCAGUGUGACAACCCAUCUUCCAGUACAGCACAAGGCUAGGUGACUUGCCAAAGGCAACUUGCUUCAAUACCUCUUAGUACUUAAGGGUACUUAAUCAGCAAAAGAUGGUCUCUAAGCAUAUGGGAGUAAGAGCGCGGUAGGUUUUUGACGGUAUUAAUUUCUCCCUGGUGGCAGGAAGCAACAGGCUGUUUCUUGUUGCAUUCCCAAAGGCCAUGUAGCCUAGAGUGAAUUUUGUGACACAGACUGCAGCCAACUUAGAUGUGUAACUGAACCGUAGCGGUGAUUGGACCCCAGGGCCUGCUGAACACUGUCUGGAAACAGAGUCCCAUAGAAAUGAAGCCCCCUGGAAUGAUGCCUGGGAAGAGUGAUUGACUGCUUGAGAGACGGCAAGGAACUCAGCAGAUUUUUCUAGCAAAGGCAGCAGAGUGGGCCUGGUUGUCUACUGCUUCCACCCCAGAGCUGUUACAUAGUUGUGUAUAUAUAUAGGCGUAUGCUGUAUGUUGCACGGGAUGUAACAUCAGGCUUCCAUCCUUGCUCGUGCGUCCUGCAGUAUUUUACUCUUGGUUUGUUAAAAGCUUACGUGAGACUUAACAACCCAUGAAAACCUGCUUGUCAUGGCCAUGCCCAUGAGGGUCCUUAUUGUCCAUCACUGAAUAUGUCUCUGCCUCCUGCCAUCAGACACACGAGAAUAUUCAGCAGCUUUAAAUAGCGGCUGCAGGCGUUUUUGUCCUCCUCGUCCAGAUGAUGCUGUCUGGAAGUUUAGAAUGUGCGACAUUCAGCCGUCUGCCAGACGGGAUCAUGGAUAUCCCACACCCUGGCGUGAUGGAAGCCUAUACUGGUGGGAAGAUCCUGAUAUUGGAUCUUGAGGCAGGGGCUAGGCUGCAGAUGCUCUCUCCUGUAAAGCUUCUAGACAUUUGGCCGUGUGCUAUUAAGUAUCAGAUCAAAGCAUUGCUCCUUGCGGUGCUAACGAGGGCAAGUGAAUAGUAUUCCUAUCUGAACGCUGCAGGAGUGAGGGCUGCAAAUCAGUUCCUUCCUUAUUUGCUAUAAAACACCUAGACAUUGGGCUGAUAAUGGGAGAAAAUGCUUGUUCCUAUGAACACUGGCCUUUAAGCUUGUGGAUGUGCUGCUGGGCCUCCCAGCUAGAGCUUUCUGAGCAGCAAGGGUAAGUUGUGAAAAAUGUUAAUAGCUUAACUAGAAAGAAAUCAGAGCUGAAAUGUGAAGGCCGACCUCUUCCAAAGCACACAGGUCAUCACCUUCAUUCCACAGGUGAUAGUCUGUGUGGGUACUGUAAGAUAGCAUGCACCCUCUAACUGUUCUCAAACGAUGGUUUACAGUUUUAUUUAAAACAUUGUCACUGGCUUCAUUAACUGUAAGUCUUUGGACCUCUCACUGAGGGGAAGACAUUUCCUGCACGUCGUCUUGAGCUGCUGUUCGGUGCUUGGCUGCUCCUCGUUCGCUUUGCUCUGCACACUGCUUUCAGCUUCAUCUCAGAUGCAGGUGAUGCUCAAGGUGAGACUGUUGCUUUACUCCCUUUCCCGCUGUUUAGCAGGAGAUUUGAGAUGUGACUGGAAUUACCUUUCUGCUUAUGAAUUUCCUUUUCCAAGCCAAAUGCUGUUGGAGAAGGCCUCAGGUAUCUCUCACGAAUGUACUAGCCAUUACUUCUACCACAAAGUUAGCGCUAUGAACGGAGAAUAAUCCGGCGUGCUCCACUGAAAACAAACAUUCCUGCCUUUUUCUGCUUUCUGAGGUGGUGUGUGGUCUGGGGUGCAGGCUAAGCUUCUUGAUAGGCAAUCUUCUGAAAAGCUGGAGAACAGGGUGAGUCCCUGGGUCUGCGGUUCUCUGCUGGCCUGAGCUGCUCUGGUUCUUCCCCUGACUCUGCUGUUGUGAUCCCCCGCUUUGUGCUGCCGCUGGUGCUUGUUGCAUCCUACACUGGUCAGUGUGCUACACGCGUAGAAGAGAUUCACUUUGUUGUUUCUAUUGUUCUUGUAAUUUAAUGUGUUGGCAGGGUGCUAAAGUGCCAACCUAUCUGCAGGACAAUUCCUGUGAAGAUCUGGUGAAGGGGACAGAAAAGAGUUGUGGGUUUUUUCAAUAUAUGUAUUUUAAAUUAAAUAUAUUUAUAUAUAUUUAAAUAUUUAAAGUGUAUUUUCCCCUCCUCUAAGCUUUUACACAGAAAGAAUAGAAAUACACAUUUUCACAGGCCCACUCAUUGCAUGAGCCAGCCCCUCUCUCUCCAUCAGACUAUGUGCCAGUGGUUUCCUGAGGUACUAUUGUAACAUCCCUCCUGUUCCCAAGCUGCCAGAGUGUAUUUCGAUUACCAGCCUCGUGGCUGAGCGCUCCUUGGUUUAUGGGUUAUUAUCCUGUUCACAGACUUGCUCUGCUUUUAGCCGCCUACGUGCUACGUGUCCCACAGCUCCAGCAUUAAAAAGU